UAUCACUGAUAAGAAAAAUUGUCAAAACAAGAAAAAAACACUCCUCACACAAAAUUUUGAUCUUUCAUCGACUAAUUUUUAAAACAUUUUUAAUAAUAAUUCAUUUUCAGACAUUUGAAAAAAAGGAGAGUUCAUGUUCACUGAAAGUGAUGCGAAUUUAUGCUAUGUUCGGUUCAUCCGUUGUUUCGCUUGCUUUUUACGCCUAUGAAGGUAGCAGAGUUACAUGUUAUUGAUCGCUUCUGCCGAUAUUGAAAAAUGGAUAUAGAUGGUAUUGCUUCACUAUUAAUGAAGAAGUAUUGACCAUCUGCAAUGUUUAAAAGAUGCGGUGUGAUCAAAAAGCCAUGGUUUCUAGUAUGUUUCUUCUUCUGCGUUGUAGUUGUAUUUAUUUUGGAACUGCGAGUAUCGAAUUUCCCUAAAAAUGACAAUAUUCUGGAGCAAAUAUACAAGAAAGACGUUUCGGGAUAUCAUCUACCGAGCAAAGAAUCUACAUCAUUAGGAACAUGGGGCUCCAGAAAAGACUUGAUCGUAAUUUACAACAGAAUUCCCAAAACCGGCUCGACUAGUUUUAUCAACGUUGCCUAUGAUAUAUGCAAGAAGAAUUCAUUCAAUGUAAUCCAUUUAAACAUCACAAAAAAUUCGCACAUUUUGUCUCUUGCAGAUCAAGCACGAUUCAUUCAUAACGUUACCAAUUGGAAUGCUAAGAAACCGGCUCUUUACCAUGGUCACGUUGGUUUUAUUGACUUUCAAAAGUUUGGAGUGCAACCUCCAAUUUACAUAAAUAUUUUAAGAAAACCUUUGAGUCGUUUGAUAUCGUACUAUUACUUUUUAAGAUAUGGUGAUAAUUAUCGACCUCAUUUAAUUAGAAAAAAACACGGAAACAAAGUUACUUUCGACGAAUGUGUUAAAUUGAAAAACCCUGAUUGCCAUCCAGACAAUAUGUGGUUACAGGUGCCAUUUUUGUGUGGACAAAAUGCCUUUUGUUGGAUCCCGGGUAAUGAAUGGGCUUUACAAGAAGCUAAAAGGAACUUAGUGAGGGAAUAUCUUUUAGUAGGUGUUACAGAAGACAUUCCUAACUUUAUUUCAAUUCUAGAAUUCGCGUUGCCAGAAUUUUUCAAGGGGGCUUCUGAACAUUUUGCAUCUAGUCUGAGAAAAUACUUACGUAAAACUAAUAAAAAAAUCGAACCUUCCGAAGAAACCGUUAGAGAAAUAAAGAAGUCAAAAAUUUGGCAAAUGGAAAAUGAUUUGUAUGAAUUUGCUUUGCAGCAAUUCAAAUUUGUAAAAAAUCACAUGAAGACUUCCGAAAAUGGUACCGUAAUGGAUAAAGGAAUUCAGUUCAAGUUUGAAAAAAUAUACCCGAAAUGAUAUCUACCAUAAAAUUUUUAAUUCGUCGGUAGCAUCUCAUUCUAUCAAGUAGAAGUUACCAGUAUUUACUUAAAUCUUAAGAUGAACUCAAGUAUUUUCUACGUAUAUUCACUCUAUUACGAAAACACACACUCAAGUAUUAUUAUUUUUAGCUCAAUUCAGUAUCUUCAAUUUUUGACAUUGUGAGUGUUUUUCUCAUUAUUAUAAAUUUAGUGACAUGAGUGUGAUUGAUAAUUUCUAACAUUCAACCCAUAUAAUUUAUUUGCUAUUACUGGUACUGUGUUAGUGAUUAGUAAGCGUAUUGCAAUCGUUAUUUUUGUACUAGAAUUUUUAUUGCUGAAUUUCCUAUUGAUUUAAUUAUUGUUUGUAUCGAUGUUCAAUUUUAUUACUUUGUAAAAUGAUAUCGAACUGGGUCAAAUGGCUUUAUGAAAUUUUCUAUUCGUGUUGGUCAUUCAAUUGAAUAAAUCAUAACUUUUUUUGUAUAAA